GUUGUUGUUGUUGUUUUCAGACUGCUGCUUCCUGCAGACUUCACCGUGUUCUCCUACAGUCACAAUGGAUCACUCAUCACAUCCAGACCACCUGUACAGGACCACUGUCACUAUCAGGGCUCCGUUCAGGACAUGGAGGGUUCUGCUGUUGCUAUGAGCAUCUGCAACGGCCUCAGAGGAGUGUUGCAUCUUGCUGACGACAGCUACGGCAUCGAGCCGUCAGACUCCUCCCCCGACCAGCACCUGGUCUACCGCCUUCAGGAUGUGACAUCACAGCCCCGGGGAUGUGGCACGCCGCACGAUGACCGGCGUGGACAUGACAACAACAACGCCACGAAGCACGCUCAGUACAAACCAGAAAAAAUCCACCACAGAGGACACAGCAGGAUGAAGCGAGCUGUUCUCCAUCUGACUCACUAUGUGGAGCUGCUGCUGGUGGUCGACAACGACCAGUUUAAUUACAUGAAGAAGAACGAGACGGCUGUGAGGGACGAGAUGGUUCAUCUGGCAAACUUCAUAGACAGUAUGUACAAACAGCUGAACAUUCGUGUGGUCCUCGUGGGUCUGGAGAUCUGGACUCAGCAGAACCGGAUCAGCACCGACGGAGGAGCCGGAGAGGUGCUGAGUCGCUUCACCCAGUGGAGAGAGAAAGAGCUGGUCCCACGACGCCGCCAUGACUCAGCACAACUCAUCCUGAAGAAGAGUUUUGGGGGAACAGCAGGAAUGGCCUUCGUCUCCACCGUCUGCUCCAGGAGCCACGGGGGCGGGAUCAACGCGGUACGCUGCUGCUUACUGCUCUCUUCCGAUUGGCUGACUCUCACCUGUCUGUGUCUUCAUAAAUGCUGCGUUCAAAUCACAUAGAAAAGUUAGUGAAUUUAAACGUCAGGGGCCACAUUGACAAAGGUAACUUGUAUUAUCUGUCUGUCUGUCUGUCUGUCUGUCUGUCUCUCUCUCU